CCUCACCAUGGCGUUGACUUGCUGCACCGCGCGUCCGAAGUUGGUAGCCUGGAAGCCGGUGGUGCCGAAGGCCUCCAGAAAUGUCCAGCAAAGUGGCCACUGGAAGUGACAUCGGACAGGCCCGCCGGGCGGUAGAGCAACUGCGGAUGGAGGCGGGCAUCAACCGCAUACAGGUGUCCAAGGCAGCCACAGAUUUGCUGCAGUUCUGCACAGAGCAAGCCAAGAGCGACCCUUUCCUUGUGGGCAUCCCAGCUGCCACCAACCCUUUCAAGGAAAAGAAGCCCUGUGCUAUCUUAUGAACCCAUAAUAAUGCUACUGCCCCAUGACCCUGGAUACCACAGGAAGAAGGGCCUCAAUAAACAUGAUUGCUCCUGUGUUACAA